AUGAAUUCGGAAAAUAAGUUUAUUUUGAAUUUUAAUAAACUAAAUGUUAACCAAAAAAUACUGCUACCAAUUAUUGCAAUAACUAAUCUAAUUAUAUUCAAAACCCAUUUUCUACAUAUUCUAUUAUGCUUAGAAGUGCUAACCCUUAGGAUACUACUUUAUUUAUCUUUUUUCAUAACUUUAUUUAAUACACCAGUACCAUUACUUAGAGUAAUUAUAUUAACCCUUGGAGCAUGUGAAGCUAGGCUAGGGCUAACAUUACUAGUUAUUAUAGUACGUCUAUAUGGAAAUGAUAUAAUUAAAAAUAUUUCUCUGAGAAAAUGCUAA